AUGUCCACAGCAACUCCAGGCAGCUUGACCGAUGAGAGCGCGCACUCAAAGCCCGGUCGCAAACCCAUUAACACAGAGCCUUCCAACAAAAGAACGGCGCAGAACAGAGCAGCACAGCGGGCUUUCAGGGAACGGAAGGAGAAGAAAAUGAAGGAGCUGGAGAUGAAGGUCCAGAUGCUUGAGAACGAGAAGAUGCAGAUUGCUAAUGAAACAGAGUUGCUCAGAAUCCAGGUGAACACACUCAUGAACAGGCUCAUGAACCGUGGAGAGGGAGAUAUUCUGAAGGAACUCCCCACUCUUGCCGAUUUAAAGCAACAAAACACCAACACCGCUACCGCACUCACGUCAACAGACUCGGAAAAAUCCACAUCUAAUACCUCAUCCCCAAAUAACUCGACUCACACGCCCGCCUCAUCGUACUCCUCAGCAGCAGAGAAAAGUACGGAGUUUUUGUUCCCUUGGACCGAAAAGCGAAAACAGACCAACCACACCGAUGUGUCGAAGGACUCGUCUCCAAGAACAGACCUACACGACCUCAACCAAAAAAACUACAAAGGAGAUUUUGAGGAGGAGAGCUUCUGCAACAGUUUAGGAACUGUGUGCGGCGAUAAAAACUGUCCUGUUCCAAAAGAAAAACGUCCUUCCACAGUCACCGGUGGUUCUACUCUUCCGUCGUCGCGUGGGCUGGGGUCGGAUUAUUCCGCGUCUCCUUUCCAAAUGCUUGCAGAGUUUGGAUCCGAGAAGGCAGACAACAACGAGCUGCCUUUCUUGUUCGACACGCCAACUUAUGACACCUCUUUGGUGUUCGACCAGGUGAAUCCUUCUGCCUUUUCCCCGUCUGACUUUGUCUUUUCGUCCAUCGAAAAUGAGUUCCCUGUGACAACAGAGGCAGACCCACUGCAGGGAUUAAUAAGUGAGGAGUCGAAGGACGACCCACUAAGCGAAUUCUUUGGCAACGCACAGCAGCAGCAACUGACGGUAAACAAUUUGAAUUCGCUCAACGGAACUGUUCCUCGGAUCACCCCAGGAGUUUCUGUCGACGACAACGACAAGGACGAGGCUGUGCCGGACACAACUACGAACCUGAUGAAGUGCUCGCAGAUCUGGGAGCGCAUCACGACGCAUCCGAAGUUUAGCGAGCUGGACAUUGACGGUUUGUGUUCUGAGCUCAAGAUGAAGGCAAAGUGCAGCGAGAAGGGCGUCGUGGUGGACGGAUCAGACGUCGGAGAAGUGUUGACACGUGCGAUGAAUCGCUGA